AUGGCUCUCCUGACAACCACCGUCCGGGGCCUCCUCAGCCUCCUCAUGCUCCAGGUGGCCGCCUGCUGGGUCCUGGAUCCCGCCUACGGAGACGGAGUCUUCCAGUUCACAUACGAAAUAGGACACGGCAGCCGGCCGGAUCUGCUCAACAUCAGCCAGUACAAAAUCGACCACAACCGGCCUCCGCCGUAUGCCAAGAACGAAACCCGGCUCCCGGCGGCUUUGACACACAAGAAAUGCUUCCAUGGCUCCGAUCACGACCUGGAUCGAGGCGACCUUGACCUCGCGAAAAGGGGUCUGAUGAACUGGUGCGAGCGGUACACCCCUUUUCCGAGCUCAAUCGUCAUAUCUGUCGUCAACAACGCGACGGUAUACGCUGCCUUCUCCUACACUGAUCGUGGCGUCACGUACAUAGCCAGCGACCCGAUUUGCUCGGCCCGGGGUAUUGAUCGGGCGUGGGCGUCCAUGGAUAAGAAGUGCGGAUCGAAUAAAUGGGCAUCCGCCCACGUCUGGUUUCUGGAGAGGGAAUACGGACGGGCGAGAAGGGGGACAAGGAUUUGGAGCUAG